AUGUCAAACUUCUUCCGUUUCUUCGAUCUCCCACGAGAGUUGCGAGACCUUAUCUACUACAAGUACGUCUCGGUCGGAGGUUACAUCCAGAAUCCAGAAACUUGGAGACUGAGGACCGUCCAGGAUGAACCUAUCGACCUGAAUCUCAUGUAUACCUGCCACCAGGUGGCGAACGAGAUGAAAGGCGUCGCUUUGAGUAGAAAUACAAUCAACUUCCGAACUACUCUAGGGGGGACUGGGAACGUAUAUGCCGACGCCUACGACACACUAAUGGAACGGACCGAUAGCAUGAAGCGUAACAUGCUCAGGGCUGCGAGGGGAUGCUUGACCGAAGAAACCAAGGCUCAAGUAACUCAGGCUUACCCGAAGUUCACACCUGUCCUCGAUGGUCUCGACAAAUACUGGGAUCAUCAUCGCUUAGGCCAAGUUCCCACCGUCUUCAAUGAGGCCCUUGACUAUACUCUGCGGUUGAUGUCAUAUCAUCCCGAAUUCCCACAAAGAAUGACUGAGUAUGAGGCAGAACUGGGGCUUGGACGCCAAGGACAUACACGGGCUGCCUUUUUCUCCCCGCAUGAGCCUUGGGAUAUCCCUAGGAGAAAGGAUGUUCUCUACCUAGCCAGCAUAAAUGGCUACCAACCCGUGGACAAUUCCCCGCGUUCAGCUAACUCUCCGCCAGUUAAUUCUUCGCCCGUCAAAGGUCAAAGAUGCUACUCCGCUGCUGCUAUGUGUAUCCUCUUCCUUCGAUGCAUCCCGAUAGAGACUAGCGCAUAUCUCCGGGACAUCGUGUUGCACGAGGAUAAUGCUGCUGUGUGUGAACCAGCAACUCACGCUCGAGGUCUUAUUGGAUUCUGUCGGGAGAACCCGCGUCUUCGGAUUGAGCGCCGCGUCGACAUUUGGAAGAACGCCUUCCUUGGCGAGGUCAUGCGAGAGGAUACCCCUGACUUUCGUGGGCUCGACAACGAUGUCGUCGCUCAAAUGAUACGUGCCGAAGUAUCAGUGACGAUGACUAGAUCCAUAGCUCUUUGGACCAUCGAAGCCAUGACGCUCCAGCCGUUGGGAAUGCCUACCAAGUCAUUUUCUCUGGUUUUUCACGGUGGUUCCGUGCCUGCCAAUAAGUCCGAAGAAAUCUUCCAGAAAGUAAUACACAGGGAUGCCGCUAUGCAGCUUGCAUUGGAAGGAUGCAUAACUCGUGGUCAUGUUGCGCCUUGCAACCCAUGCCAAGACCGGCUUUACGAGUGUCAUUCGUUCGACUCCUUCCCCGGCAUUUUUCACUCUGUUGUCGACGGGAAAAUCCCCAUGAUCGAUUUCUCAUUCAACCCAGGAGACUACUCCGAGUACGACAUCGAAGAGAUGAUCGGGGAGCGCAUCUGGUGGACUCGGGACGAAUGGAAUGGUUACACGGACAACGGGGAACCCUGUGAAGGCCCAUCUUGGCUGGAUCGUGACGGCGUCUCUUUGAAUACACCCGCCCCACUGCCUCCUUGGAGAGAACUUAUGGAGGAGAUAGGUGGGACGGGUUGAAACUCAGAGGGAAAGGUAUAAAGGACAGCGUGUGACCUAUAUAAUAGGAGUCAGACCUAAACCUCUUUUAAACACCAAUCCACCGUGCAUGGAGUAUCUAGGACUUUGACCGCACCGAUACAAUCCUUUAAGUUUUCGCUAAUCAACGGCAUGUGGACAUUUCGGUUUUUGGAAGAAGAGGUUUAAGA